UCAAGUCGGCUGUGCUGUGACUGCAUAGUUUCCCCUGCGAACUCCUACGGAAUCACGGAUGGCGGGUUUGACCUAGAAUUGAGUAAACAGUUCAAGGGACCCAGCGGCAAUCUCUGGAGCCUUACGGAUUACUGCCAAGACUACAUUUUGAAGAAGUGGCAUGGUUAUGCACCUCCCGGUUCAUGUACUAUUAUUCCCUUGCCUCAAUCUGUCGCGCGUUCCGGGAACAAGUGGAAUUCUUUCGCAAUGGCAAUUCUUCCGACGAUGCGCACACCAGAGGACGUCAGCUGGCAUAAGGACCUUGUUUACAACACCAUGUGGACGUUCCUCGUUGAACUUGACCAUUGGAAUACAGCUCAUCAUGGUGACGAAGCCAACACUAUUCACACCGUCUUAAUGACUGGAUUAGGGACUGAUCAAGGGGGUAUAUCUUUGAAGAGGUCGGCGCAGCAAAUGAUAUUAGCAGUGAAACAUUUUCAGGAAGGAGUACCUGCUCACGUACGAUGGGAUGAUGUUCGAAAGCGUAAUGAAGAGACCCAGCAAACCGAGGACUACUAA